AUGAUGACAUUCACAAGUAUCCCCAGCAGAAUGCGAGCAGCGCAGAUCUCCGAGGUUGGCAUCCCACUCAUCCGCUACUGGAAUCAUCGAAUACUGACUUCAAAGCAGUACAACAAACCUUAUGAGCUAGUUAAGAGAGACGUUCCCACCAUUCGCGACAACGAACUCCUCAUCAAAGUCUACGCAGCCGGGUUCUGUCAUUCAGACCUGCAGGUUCUACAGGGACAAUUCGGUUCGCCUUUGGGCAUGAUUGCGUCCCACGAGCCUUCCGGCGUUGUCGUUCAAAUCGGCAAGGGCUGCAGCAGUGACUGGAAGAUAGGUGACCGAGUUGGGGCUCUGAACUUCAAGAACUCGUGUGGCCAAUGCAGUGGCUGCGGGUUGGCAAAGCGCACACGCAACCGGCUUGAUCCCCGUUUCUGCGAAAAGCGAGAAACCGCCGGCUUCCAACAUGAUGGGGCAUUCUCUGAGUACCUCGCAGUCGACCCCGAAACCACGGUCCGCUUGCCAUCAUCUCUGCCCUUCGACCAAGCUGCUCCGUUGAUGUGUGCCGGCGCCACUGUUUGGGGCUCUCUGGAGGGAGCCACGGCUUCGCUUAGCCCUGGAGACACAGUGGCCAUCGUUGGUAUAGGAGGCCUCGGUUUCCUCGGUUUACAGUUCGCCAGCGCAAUGGGGUUUCGCACCGUGGCAGUUGACAGUCGGCCGGCAGGGAGGCAGUUGGCUACCGAGAUGCCGAACCAGGAUCUGAAACCUUCACUGGUUGUUGACUCUGGCGCUGAAGAUGCCACAGCACAGAUCAUGGAUUUCACGGGAGGAGAGGGGCUCGCAGCCGUGGUAGUUUGUACGGAUUCUCUGCCAGCCAACAACUGGGCCCUAACACUGCUUCGCAUUGGAGGCGUUAUGGGUGUUUUGGGCCUGCCAGCUGAGAGUUGGAGAUUCGAUUCCAGUGUCAUAGUGUUUCGGGAGCUCACAAUUCGGGGGAGCUAUGUUGCGAGUAGAGAGUCCACUGAGAGAAUGAUGAAGACUGUAGAGGAGGCUGGCAUUCGGUCUCACAUCACCUUGGUGCCCUUUGAUGAGAUCCCGGGCAUUCUCGCGAAAUACCAAGACAGCGCCUUCAAAGGUAGACUCGUAGUGAAAAUAGCUGAAUGA